AUGUUCUUUAGAGUUCCAAAUGGGGUCCGUGAUUUAAAUGCAAAUGCUUACACUCCUCAGCUAGUGUCCAUUGGCCCUUAUCACCAUGGUCGUCAAAAUUUGCAGGAAAUGCAAUCCCAGAAGGAAAGUUAUUAUUUCAAACUUACAAUAAGGAUGGACUUGAUAAUGUUUGAAAAUCAGAUUCCAUUCUCUGUUCUUACCAAGCUUUAUUAUGAGUUUUUCACAGUACAUGUUGACCUAAGUAAUUAUGAACAAAAGGUCCUACUGCCGUUUCUGGAUCUUUCCAAGAAUUUCUUAGAUAUCAAUAUGCUUUCAUCACCCGACUUCAAUGAAAAUGAUAUACAAAACUUCACGGACUUGCAAGCAAGAUCAUGGCGAAAUAUCCCAAAUAAUGAGGAUAGUCAAGGUACUCAAAAUACCAUACAUCUCUACACUGCAACUAAGCUAGACAAAGCUGGAGUUGAUUUUAUUCUACAAUCGAAUGAAGACUCGAGAUCGAAGACAGAUGAAGAAUGUCUGAACACGAAGAUUGAGGUUUCGCAUCUGUCAUGCUGGCGUAAGUUCAUACCUUGGCUUAGUACUCUCAAGCUUGAACUUGGGUUGUUCGCUAUAGAUUACAAUACAGAAUGCCUCAUGCGGAAUGUAAUGGCAAUGGAGCAAUGCCAAGAGGAUACGAGUGUCCCGACUCCCAUCUGCGACUACAUGUAUCUGAUGGAUCAACUCAUAGACACCGAACAGGAUGUUGACAUUUUGGUGGAGAAGAAAGUCAUUAAAAACUACCUUGGUUGUAGUAAGGAAGUGAUGGAAAUGAUCAACAACCUUAGCAAGAAUAUCUCUAGAAGUCAAAAUUUCGUCUACCAUAAGCAAUGCAAUGAAGUUAUCAAAUUCUAUGAGAAUUGGUACAACCAUGCUAAGGCAACUCUCAUAAGGGUUUACUUUAAGGAUAUUGGGACGGGAAGUUCCACUGCUGUUGGAUUUCUUAUCGUCAUUUUUACAGUAAUUUCAACCAUUGAGGCGAUAUGGUCGAUAAAAGAAAAGAAUUCUUAG